UAAUCUAUGGUCUAACCUAAACUGAACACGAAAAUGAAAAGGUUAUUGUUUUGUUACUAUACAAUUACUUAAAGUUAUUUUUAAAAUAUUCACCGUAAAUACUAUAAAAAUGUAUUGCAAGAAAUGUAAGGACCUCGGUACUCUCACUAUUCGUAAAGAACACCUAUAUUGUGUAAAAUGUUUCAUGAUAAGUGUAAAUCAUAAGUUCAGAGCAUGUAUUGGAAAAAACAAAAUAUUAUCAUCAAACCAAAAGGUUUUGGUUUGCCUGACUGGAGGACAAAGUUCCACAGUGCUACUGGACUUAAUUUAUAAUGGUUUACUACAAGAUAAUCAUAAAAAAUUAAGAAUAAUCCCAUUUUUCUUGCAUCUCACAGGAUUUGGAGAGGAGGAAACCGAUCAUAAAGUUGCGGAAUUAGUUAUUAACCAGUGCAAAUCCUACAAAUUUAAUGUUUACAUUGUAAACAUUAGUAAAUUCUACUUUCAAAAAUCAAAUACUCUGCCUGAUAUAAACAGUUUAGCGGAGACAAAUACUGAACAAGAUUUAAAGACUAAUCUAAAAAAUAUAUUAAAAAAAGUGACUCCAACAUCAAGCAAUGAUAUAGAAACCAAAAUAAAACAUGAUACAUUCAGACGAGUAGCUAAAGAAUGUCAGUGUAAUUUUAUUUUUACGGCAGAAACAACAACAACAUUGGCAGUCAAUCUGCUCUCUAAUCUUGCAAUUGGCAGAGGAUCACAAGUAGAAUAUGAUAUAGGCUUUUCAGAUAGCCGCGAUGAAAUAAAAAUUUUGAGACCAAUGAAGGAUAUAACUGUAGAGGAAUUACAUCACUAUAUCCAAAUAAAGAAUCUCACCCACAUAUCAAUUGAUAAAAUACAAGAUAAUAACCUUCAAUCAGUUAUAAAACAAUUUGUGUGGGACCUACAGGAGAACUUCCCAGCUACUGUGUCAACUGUGUGCAAAACUGCUGAUAAAAUUGGUUCAAUUGACAAAAGUGAUAAAAGGUGUCAAUUUUGUAAGAGUGCUGUUGUUCCAAAUAAUGAAAAGCUUACAGCAAUAGAGGCAACAAACUUUUCAAGAACAGUUUCAAAUUUUCAUCCCGGACAAUAUUUGAAUGAAGAAACUAGACCAAAGGAAUUGACGAAUGAGCAUGAUGGAUCAAUGUUCCCCUUCAUAAAUGAAUAUUUUUGUUAUUGUUGUAGUAAAAAUUAUUUGGAGUCAGGAAACCAAAAUAAUAAUUUAUUUAAAGAUAUGCUGCCAGUCUAGUAUGUUUUUAGCAUAGAAAACUACAUUUAUAAGAACUUGUAAUGCAUUAUUAUAUAAUGUAAUUUCAAUCCAAAUAAAUUAUUAAAAGGAUUUUGUGAUUAUUUGGUGA